UAAUAAAAAUGGAGAUCCUAAUACUCAGAUUGGUCGACCUGAGGUAACAACUGAACGUUGGUCAGAAACUACAAUGAAUUUAGAAGAUUUAGUGAACGAUGCUUUAUAUAAUUUGAAAAAUCCGAUUGUAACAACAACAACAGAGGAAAGUUCAAGAAUAAUGAUGUUAACAACAUCAACAACUGAAAUACCGCCACCAUUAUCAGUAUCAUCAACGAUAGCAACCACUCGACAAGAAGAGACUGGUUUUGAUGACGAUAGUAUCUUUGAGGAAGAUGACGAAAAUGAAUACUAUGACGAUGUAUAUGUUACAACAGCAUUGGAUGAUAGUGAUGAGCUACAAUCAUCAAAGGUUGGCAGCGAUGAUUUUAAUAAAAUUUUAUCAACAAUAGAAAAGUCAACACCAAAUACACAACAAGAACAAGUUAACGAUAUAAAACAUAAUAAAAAAGGAACAAAGGAUAAAGCUCGAGUUAAACUAGAAAACGAUGAUAGUAAAUCGUCAUUAUUUUCAAUGGCUGGAUUUUUACCAUUAUUAAAGGAUAUACAAGAGACAUUAACGAAAAAUAAUAAACAGACAACAUCGAGUAAAGUGGAAUUGUUAGAAAAUAUUCGUGAUCAAUUGUUGGCAAAUAUAAAUUAUCGUAUGAAUGCAUUAUGGGGAGGUGGUGGAAAUAAAGUUGGUAAUAGAAAUAGAAGUAAAUCAACAAUAAUUCGUGAACGUCGUGCUGCACGUACAUUAUUUCAAGACAAAGAGCAUGACGAUCAUCAUCAUGACCAUCAUUACGAAGAACAUGAAUACGAGCAUCAUGUAGAUUUUCCAUCAAAUGCAGCUGCUCUAUUAGCAUUAAGUUUUUUAACAUUUGCUGUAUUUCUCAUCAAAUUAGUGCUGCAAGUAAUACAAGCAUUGCAAGCGAAAGCUCAAAAUAUGACGACAACAACAACAAGUGCAACGAUUAUUCGCUUAAAAAGAUCUGAAGAGGAAGAAUAUGAAAAUGCUGCCAGAAUAUUGAAUUAUAUUGAUACAUUUUCGAUUAAAUAG